UGCCCGAAUCGCGGUGCUACUUGCGCCGCUUUGACGUCAAACGUCAGCAGUUUAAUGUGCCGGUCGACGCACCGGCAAAGCAUAUGGAUCCCACCGUGCUCCCGACGAUCGGGGGAUUUAAUCGUGGAAAAUAUUUACUAUGCGUGUGCCAGAGCCCGCCUGCCUGACGGGACGUCAUUGGCUUCACUCAAGUAGUGAGGAGGGGGCGCUGGAAAGAGUCACUCCCCUGCCUACUUUUAAUAGCUUUGUCAUGUGAUGGCAGGCAGUUGUAAGACAGGUGCCUUCAGUUCAUUCUCAGUUAGGGGGCAGUUCCCUGAGUGAGAGCAAGUGAAAAACCGCUGGAUUUCCUUUUUUUUUUGCUUGAUUUUUUUUUUUAAAACACCGUCAUUCAUUGCGUGGAUGGCGUGGGAAAGGUGCAACCAGGACUCUUUGUGGAGAGAACUAGAGUGUGCCGCCUUGGUUGGCGAAGACCAGCCCCUCUGUCCAGACCUCCCAGAGCUUGAUCUCUCAGAAUUAGAUGUCAGCGACCUGGAUGCGGAUGAUUUCCUGGGUGGACUCAAGUGGUACAGUGACCAAUCAGAAAUCAUUUCCAGUCAGUACGGCAAUGAGUCGACAAACUUGUUUGAGAAGAUAGAUGAGGAAAACGAGGCCACUCUGUUGGCCGUGCUCACAGAGACCUUGGAUAGCAUCCCGGUGGACGAGGAUGGGUUGCUGUCGUUCGAGGCUCUCGCCGAUGGGGAUGUCGAGGCUGCUGGGGAUGGGGAAAGCACCGGUACACAGGGUUGCUGCUCCGCCCCAGACGAGUCUCCCCCCACCUCAGAGGCUGAGGAACCCUCCCUGCUGAAGAAGCUCCUUCUGGCCCCAGCAAACUCGCAGCUCAGCUACGGUCAGUACGCGGCCAACGGCACACAGCCGAGUACAGCCAGCGCCCACCGGAUCAGGCCAUCAUCUGCUGUCAGCAAGGUGGAGAGCCUGCCGAACGGUAGGCCGAAGGGACCCCCGGUGCGCCGCCCCUGUGCUGAGCUACUCAAGUACCUCACGGCCAGCGAUGACGCCCUCCAGACCGAAGCGCAGAAGAGUGACAGGGCCAAGGCCGCGGGCGCUCCCUCGUCCUCACCCUCGCCUUCAUCCUCCUCCAGCUCCUCCAUUUCAUCCUCAUCCUCCUCGUCCAAGAAGAAAUCCUCAUCCUCCUCAUCUUCAACCUCAUCCUCAUCCCAGCAGCAACAACAGCAACAGCAGCAGCAGCACCACCAACCUCAGAAUCAGCAGCAGCAUCACCAGCAAGCCAAACCAACCACCCUGCCACUUCCUUUGACCCCUGAGUCUCCAAACGACCACAAAGAAUCACCGUUCGAGAACAAAACCAUUGACCGCACAUUGAGCGUGGAGCUGUCUGGUACUCCAGGUCUAACACCGCCCACGACGCCUCCUCACAAAGCUAGCCAGGAGAAUCCAUUCAAGGCUUCCAUCAAGACUAAGCUGUCGUCAUGUGGGUCCUCCGCCUUGGUGGGCACGGGGGCUCACUGUGGUGGGCCUGCUCCCUGCUUCCUGGCCGUGGGCCCGGCCCGGAAGGACCGUGAGCAUACAGAACUGUUUGCCCAGCUCAGCAGGGUGUCAGCUCCGGUUCCACCAGGUCAAGAGGAGCGCAGAGGCAAGCGGACUGCGCCUCGUGUCUUCAGCGACCACGACUACUGCCAGUUCACCGGCGCCAAGCGGGGCCUUGCCCCCUGCCAAGGGGCACUGGACAGCCGGCACUGGGGGUGCGCCACCUCUGUGGCUCUGCUUUCUGCCUCCCCUUCCCUGGAGGGACAUUUGCAAAUGGCGUCCUCUGUUGUGCGAUCCCCGGUGCUCGACAGGGAGGCUGGGAGGCUCGAGCAGCCCUCUCGUGCCAGGCCUGCCGCGGGGGGCUGGAAACCAUUGGAGGAUAUAGAAAUCAGGGCGGAGCUCAACAAGCACUUUGGUCACCCAAAACAAGCCAUGUUCAGCGAGGAAGCCAAGGUGGCAGAGGACCAUUACUGCCAAACAGCAGGGGGCAUCUUUGCGGGCCUUCCCCUGGAAGGGGUCCUGGAGGACAGUGAGGAGGAAGGCGAGCGGCUCUUCUACCCAUGGGAGGACUCUCACCUGGGGCUGCAGUUCGAUGGUUCACCCUCUUGUUCUCCCUCCAGCUCCCCAUCGCGGAGCUCUGUCUCGCCAUCCAAGGCCCAUCCCAGAUCUGCCUCCCAGUCUGGGUCCCGGUCCCGGUCCCGGUCCCGCUCCAGCUCUGCUUCCCACGUACCUCGACGUCGCACCCCCUCCCGGUCUCCCUACUCACGCUCCCGCUCCAGGUCUCCUCAUGCCUGUCCGCGGACCGGCCAAUUUGUGGACAGCCGGAGCAGAAGGGCCCAGAGAAGCCUGCAUGCAGAGUCGAGGUCCCAGUCCAGAUCUCCAUCUGAUCGGAAGCCUGGGUACGACAGCUAUGAAGAAUACCGGCACGAGCACCUGAGAAGACAGGAGUAUCGGCAGGACUGCGAGAGGCGGGAGUCGGAGGGAGCCGAGCAGAGGGAGAAGCAGAGGCAGAAAGCCAUCGAAGAGAGGCGUGUAGUGUACGUGGGGAGACUCCGCUCGGACAUCACGUGGACAGAGUUGAAGCGGCGCUUUGAAGUCUUUGGAGAAAUGGAAGAGUGCACCGUUAACUUGAGAGAUGACGGGGACAACUUUGGCUUCAUAACCUACCGGUACACUUGUGAUGCUAUGGCGGCCCUUGAGAAUGGACACACUCUGCGUAAAUCAAAGGAGCCGCACUUCGAGCUCUGCUUCGGUGGACUCAAACAGUUCUGCAAAACCAAUUACACAGACUUAGACUCCCAUUGUGAAGACUUCGACCCGACCUCCGCUAAAAGCAAGUACGACUGCAUGGAUUUCGACAGCUUGCUGCAGGAAGCCCAGAGCAGCCUGAAAAGGUAACUGGUGGCAGCCUUGUCACCAGAGGGAGAAGCAAUACCUCACGGAUGUAUCCGUCCUCGACUGCGAGGCCACUGGAAGUUUUACGCUCUUUGAAUGAAGAAGAAUAUAUAGUAUGAAUGAUAUAUAACACAAAGUUUACAUGAACUAAGCUGCUGGUAAGCCGGGAAGCAAUGAUAUCAACUGGUGAAGUCAAUAAUAUGUCAUAUCAUGAUGCAGGUCUGUAGACGGAAUAUAAUCAAAAUGCUAACUCUCUUUGUUCAAAAAAAAAAAAAAAGAUAAUUGCAGCUUGUUCAGUUCUUUUUUGUUGUGUUUUUGUGGAGUUUUUAUCUACUGUUUGUAUGUGGUGUUACAUUUAGCAUUCGGGGGUGAACUCUACCUGGGGUCUUUCAGAUACCACUGUCAUCCAUUCGCCAGAAAUAUAGUUGUGUAUUUGAAAAUAUGGAAUAUGUUCAGAUAAAUUACUAUUUUUAUUUUGUGUACAUAUCUGACAAAAGUUCUUUAUUUGUUACAGCUAUGCACUGUAAAACGCAGCCUUUAUAAAAGAUGAGAUUUUCUUAAAUAAGAAUGUUGAUCUGUAGUUACUAUGAUGAAGUUAUCGUUCUACAUGAAGUUCAGAUGACGUGAUAUGAUUGUAAAAACAUACUGAAUUGAGGUGAUUUUUUUUUUCUCAAAGGGGAGAUGCUGAAAAUUUUUUAAAACUUUAUUUUGGUGAAAAAAGCAGUUGUUACAGAUGUCUAUUGCAGUUUGUAUAGUUUUAUCUGUUUUUAAAUAUUCCCCACUCAGUGUUUUCCAUGUAGAACAACUAGCAUAUAAUACAUUUUUACAUAUUUUUUUUUUU